AUCCCGUAUAAAAAAAACCUAACAGUCUCGAUAGCGUUAUUAAAAUAGGAAGUUGACAGUAAACAAUAAACACACAGAACGUAUCUAGGAUCAGUUAAAUAAUACUUGUACCCUAUAUUAUAUUAAAAACAAAAUCUCAUUUUUUUGCCAAAUCUAAAUUUAGAAUUAUACCUGACGCUAUUCAGGACGUUGAAUAAUUUCGAAGACUGAAGUCUUUACGCGAGACGAUCGACUUUGUGAAAUUUUCAGUUGCGUUUAAACUGUCGACAGAGGUAGGCGCACACUUGGAACACUUUUAACCAAACGCGCGAAAUUGUAUGCGAGAUCUUGUUUUUGAAAUAGUAUGUGUCGGAAAAGUGACAGGGUUUUUGUGAGUGUACAUUUUCGACAUUAUUGAGGAUAUCUCAAUUCUCUACGGAUGGCUAUUCCAGUAGUUUUCAGGGUGAUGGUGUUAACCUAUACCUCCAUCCUACUACUGACUUGCUUUUCGUCGUUCAUUCUAGCGUCGUUUUGCCCCGAAAGACAAUAUCUAAACGCUAAAUUACAAAUAUGCAUGAACUGCACUCAAUGCAAAGAUAAUACAGUACUUUUAAGACCUUGUGAAUUCCAUCGCGACACACAAUGCGGGCCGCUGAUCGAGUUAUUGAAAGCGAUGGAUACGGGCAACCCGCACCGUCACAAACAUCAAAUGCACCAACACCAAAAGCCCGCUAAAGACGAAGGAGAAAUUAUCUGGAGGUUCGGCGACGAUAUUAAGGAUAACACUCACGAUUCUGGUGUUAAUUCGGUAGAAGACGAACCUAAAGCCGCCGCAUCGGAGGUAGCUAGCUCCGAAGCGCCGUUUUCCAGUACGGAAACUUUGGUUUGGGAUUGGCAAGCUAUCGCGUUGACUUCGGCGGUAUUUUCGUGCAUACUGUUUUUUCUAGUUAUCACCCUCUAUUCAUUGCAUCAGGCUAGGCAGUGGAGGAGGUUAAAAGAAAAUUUCGAGGCGGAUGUGGAAGAACUUUCUGCAAGACUUAGUCUAAUGGCAGCUGCCGGCAGCGAAAAUCAGCUUCUGAAAGAAGCGGGUAUAACUUCUACAAGUUCACAAGAUGUCGCUAAUUACCUGGAUAGCAAAUGUGUAUAUUUGGAACAAUUACUUAGCGAACGCAAGGAAGGGGAUAAAGUAGGGACCAUACCAAGAGGAAACGUGUAUAUAGAAGAAAGCAACUCGAAAGGACAAUAAAUAGAAGUUAUACUAGUUGUCAUAGUAUCUAUCUCAUUGUAGCUAUAUGUGUAUAUAAUUGUUAUAGAUUUAUUUUUGUUUAUGUUUAUUGCUAAUUUUUAUAUAAAAAAAUCUGUCUACACAAAACUAGCAAUGUACAGACAUCAUAUAGACAAAAUUUUAUACAAUUCGAUUGCCCGAAUAAGAAAAAAAUUUACAGUACGUCCUUUGAUUCUGUGAUCUUCCUUUUGUACUUCCAUACAAACCUGGAACAUCAUUUCAGACAGCUUUAUGGAGGUGAAUGUGCUACAGCUCUUCAUAAAGCCCUGGAGCAUCAUUUGAAACAAACUUUAUGUAGUUAAAUGUGCUACAGUUCUUCAUAAAGAUCUGGAGCAUCAUUUCAGGAGAACUUUAUGGCGGUAAAUAUGCUACAGCUCUCCAUACAGACCUGGAGCAUCAUUUCAGACAAACUUUAUGGAGUCAAAUGUGCUACAGCUCUUCAUAAAGUACUGGAGAAUCAUUUCAGACAGCUUGAUGAAGGAAAAUUCUCUGAUUUCAAAGUUAGUUAAUCCCAAUACUCGGAUACAGGUGCCUGCUGACAAUGGUAUACAGAAAUUAUGUGUUCUGAUCAACCUUCUCCUUGACAGGAAUCCUGUGACAGCUGAUGGAUUAUUCCUACUUAAGACCACAGACUUUUCUCAGUGAUAGUUUCCACAAAACGGUCUUGAAUGUAUAAGACUUCCAUUCUUCAAUUCUACACCUGUAGAAUAGUUGAGGUUUGACUACAAAGGAUCUUAGCACCCUUUUUAGUUAAAUAUUUACUUCUUCAUUCUCCAUCCUAGUUUAAUCAUGUUUCUAGAUUAACUAUGACUUGAUUAUUUGGGAUUUGAUCCCUUUAAUUCAUUCAAUUGUUAGGAAUUUUGCUUAAAAAGUAUUAGAAUGAGUUCCAAUUCAAGUUAAUACUUCCAAUGUUAGAAUUUUUGCUUGAAAAGUGCUAGAGUGGGUUCCAAUUCACAUAUAUUCUUCCAAUUGUUAGGAAUUUUACUUGAAAUGUGCUAGAAAUAGUUCCAAUUAACUUCCAUUCUUCCAUUUGUUGGGAAUUUUGCUUGGAAGGUGCUAAAAUGGGUUCCAACUGAUUGGAUUAUUUCUGUUUGGGCCCCAAAUAAACCUUUGCCUAUUUCUGAUUGAGCAGAGUGGGUCGACUUUCCUAUUUUUUCCAAAAAAUUACCUGUUUUUUGUAAAUCCUAUACCAGGAAUUCUAGAAAGGGCACUUUACUUCCUGUUCUCCUUUUCCUAAAUACACUUUUGACUAUCCUGACUAUAUAAGACUCUAUGAUACUUUCAGAUAGGAUAACGUCCUUUGCUAUCGUUGAACAAGUCUUCAUGGUCUCUAAUAUGCUCUAAUCCAUGCAUUUUGCUUAGUUGACUGUUGCUUGAGUUUUUUCUUCCAGAUAAUUGCUCUAUAGGCAUUAUAGACCUUAAAAUCAUAGUGUACUACUAGCACAAUAAACAGGGGCUACAUCCUCACUUUUUAUACACCAUUAGAUUGUAUCAAGCAAUAAGAGCAAAUAAUUUAAGCUAAGAGAAAAUGGAAAUGAACGUCCCGACAUUUAAAAACAUUAUUCAAACAAAUUUUGAUCUUAGUCAAGUUUUGGGUCGACAGAUUUUUAAUCUGUGCUAUUACUUAUAUUAAGUAAUCAUAUUAAUCAUGUGUACAAUGAGAAAAUAGAAAAAAUAAUUAAAAAAUCAGUAAUUUAGAGAAUUAGAAAUUGAUCCACCUAAGGCAGAUCAUUUCAUUGGAAUUAUUUUCUAGAAUCAAUCAAUGUGGUUGUACUACCAAUUUCCUUUAAUAGGAAAUGUAUUUUUUGCUUAGUAUGCAAAAAAAACCUCAAAUAUGUCAACAUUUUCUGCCAAUUGAUCUCAUAUCACCUUCAAAGUUAGAAAAACAAAAUAUCUAGUAAUUUACCUCAUUUCCCCUAGUUUUUCUUAUUUUUCAAAAAAUCCUUUUGUUUUUUUAAAAUUCUUUACCUACCUGUCGUUUUUAUUUCAUUUUUUACCCUUUCACCCCUUUGUUUUUCAUAUUAUCUCAACCACUUUGAUUAUUCAUCAUUCAAUCCUUUUUAUAUUUUUUUCUUUCUCAUUCUAUUAUUUCUCUAUAUUGAAGAAAACAGUUAUAAACAUAAAGUUAUAUUAUUUUCUCAUUGCACCUCUCAAUAUACCUAAUACGUCUGAAUAAAAGUUAACUGCACAAUUUAGUUACAUGAUACAGUUACUAAAAAGUUAUUGAACCCCAUAAUUUUUUUGUUGAAUCUUUGAUUUUGUAAAAAAACAAAAUAUCAGAUAAUUUCAUGCCCAAAAAGUUGCCAAAUUUUCUAUUUGAAAUAUUAAGAUUACCUUAUUAAAAUGAGUAGAAUCUACUUCUGUACAUCUCACUUCUGAAUCUCUAACCUUCAGGUACCCUCUAAGUAUUUACUACAUCCAGUUAAUGUUGAUGGAUCAUUCUUUGUCUAUUAUUUAAUCCCAAAUUUGUCAGCAGAUAUAACAUUGAAGAAUUUGAUAUUUCUAAUAUUAUAUUUCACAAUAACAUGAAAUUAAUUUUUUUUAAUUAACUUGUUAAAUACAGAUAAAGAUGUAUUACGUUUUUUUAAAUAUUUGUAAACACGUUUAAUAAACAAUGUCAUGUCGUAAUACAAAAACGUCACUAUAAUAAUUAAAUGACAUUAUAGGAGCGUUCGGUAUUAUAGACACAAUAGCACACUUUUGAAUAUGGGAUAUGUUCAGCAGUAACUUUUAUUAAAUAACCAAACGCAGUUCUGUCAUUUAUUAUCACUAAAGGUGCGGUGUUAAAAUUAAUGGUAAAAUAUUAUAAAAUAUUUACCUCGAAGUUCAUUCCACUUUUCAAAACAAUAGUAAACAUCUGAUAAUCUAGUAUAAUGCAAUAAUACCCGAUAUAAAAAGCUAAACCCUUAGUUUAACUGUAUUAAUUUAAGAUGACGUUCCAGGCAAAAUUGUACCACGUGACCUCAUUUAACGCUUUAAGACAGCGUCGAGCGUCAACAUGAAAUUGCACCUUAAUAUUAUUUUGAAAUAUAACUUAUUUAAAAUUAAUGAAUUCCACAAACGGAACGUGACUCGUUAAAUAUAUUUUUUUUUUCUAAUUACAGCUAAUGUAGUGGAAAUUUUCAAUAUUCUUCGAAAAUAAACUUGAUCUGUUCAAUGUUUCAAAUUUAAUUGAAGAUCCUAGAAAUGGAACAUCAACAUCGACUUUAAUUUUCAUUUAGUUGAUCUAAAUAAUGUACCAGAUGUUUUUUGCAAACUCGAAAAAAAGAUUGUUUAAAUUUUCCAAAAUGUAUUUUUAACAAUUUUCACUGCUGGAUUUGUUUACACUGUUCAUAGGUAUUAACUUUUUUUUUAUAUAUUAGUGUCGUUUUGUAGAUAAUUGAAUAUGUAUUUAUUAAAAAUAAUAUAUGUACAUUAUUGCCAAAUAAAGAUUUAUUUAUUUUAAA